AUGGAGGUGAAGGCGAAGCCGGCAAGGGGUGGGAAGAGGACCAGGGCAAGCGUCGGCACGGCCGGCGCGCCGACGGCAAAGGUACUGAUGGAGAAGAAGGACUCGGAGAAGGAGAGGCGGCAGCGCAUGAAGGGGCUCUGCGAGAAGCUCGCGUCCCUCAUCCCCAAUGAAGACAACCCCCACGCUGAUACAAUGACGCAGCUAGGAAGCCUGGAUGUGGCGGCACCAUACAUCAAGAAGCUCAAAGAGAGGGUCGAUGAGCUACAACGUAAGAGGACCUCAACACCCACUACAACCACUACCACAAGCAGCGGAGCAAGGUCACCAGAAGGAGAAAAAUAUUUGGAGGCAUCACCACCGGUAGUGGAGGUGCGACAACCUGAUGAUUCAAGCAUGGAGGUGAGGCUGAUAUGCAGCACGGAGAGACCGAUCAAGCUCCAUGAGGUGAUUACCAUCCAUGAAGAAGAAGGGGCCGACAUUGUCAAUGCCAAUCACUCCGUUGCUGGCCACAAAAUAUUUUACACUAUACACUCCCGGGCCUUCAGCACCAGAAUUGGCAUAGAUGUUUCAAGAAUUUCUGAACGACUAAGAGCACUGGUAUGA